UGAACAUUUUUCAUGGCAACACCAACACGUUCUUUUUCCCUGUGAAGUUGUUAGGAGACACGUGCGUAAAGUACGCCGAAAUCCCUAAAAAUAUUUCAAAAUGAGUGAAGGUACAGCGACUAUCCGUACUCGUAAAUUCAUGACCAACAGAUUGUUGGCCCGCAAGCAGAUGGUUUGCGAUGUCCUCCACCCAGGCAAGCCCACCGUCAGCAAAACAGAAAUCCGUGAAAAGCUUGCGAAAAUGUACAAAGUGACACCUGACGUUGUUUUCGUAUUCGGUUUCAAGACGAACUUUGGUGGCGGCAAGUCCACAGGAUUCGCACUUAUCUACGAUACCCUUGACUUUGCUAAGAAGUUCGAGCCUAAACACAGGUUAGCCCGCCACGGCCUGUAUGAAAAGAAGAGGCCUACACGCAAACAGCGUAAGGAACGUAAGAACAGAAUGAAGAAGGUGCGUGGUACCAAAAAAUCCAAAGUAGGUGCCGCAGCCAAGAAGUGAUGUGACGGUAUAGGACUGUAAGUAAAUAAACUCCAAAAAAACUGCA